AUGUGUCAAAACCAUUUCUUACACCCAACCAUCUCGUUGUUCCACCAACACCAUCUCAUUCCAUUUCAGCUUAGCAAAAAAUAUGAGGCCGAAUACCUGGUGAAAUUGAAAAGAAAGGAAAUUGAAACGGAGCAAUAUAGGGAGACUGUGAGGGAGUUGAAACAACAAGUUCAAACUAAUAGCCGAAGGCUGUCAACAAUCGUCAGCAAUCGUUCAGGGAAUGUUACACCGGCGGAUGAAAAUGCCUUCAAGAGGAUAUCUUGGAGGAAUAUAAAGCAGGAUUCCGCUGAGGAGGAGCAGACCGACGCUGAGAAGGAGCUUCGAAGAGAGUCUGAGGAAUUGCGAAAGAGCCUUAAAGAAGCUCAGAAACACCUCAUGGAAAGCGAAGCAGAAUUGACUCAAUUGCGGACUAUAGUUGAAACGCAAUCAUCUCAGUUGCACAUUGAGAAAUUGCGUACUUCCACAGUCGUUGAGGAAAAAGAUCUACUCUAUACUCAAAUCCAAAAACUAAAAGAAGCACUUCGUGAUGUUCAGGGAAGGCACGCUUAUCUACAAGGCGAUUUUCAUGAAAAGGCUCCAGAUCUUCACAUGCCGCCAUGGCAACGAGAUAGUGGUCAAUGGUCCGGAUCAAACAGUGACAGGCCCAAUCUGGAUCCAGAAAUGGCAAGCGUAACAAAUUGGUCGAAUUUUGAUGGAUUACAGGCGCCAGAUCGCAUUUUUCGGGUUGUAAUGGUGGGCGAAUCCUCCGUAGGAAAGACCUGCUUCAUGUAUCGAUUUUGUACCGGUGAAUUCUACUACAAUGCCCGCGCUACCGUUGGUGUGGAUUUCAAAAUGAAGAAUAUGACGAUCGACGGCAACGUAUAUACCAUCGAAAUUUGGGAUACAGCCGGACAAGAAAAAUAUCACAGUCUUGCAAGGCAGUACUUCAGGAAAUGUGAUGGCGCCAUUCUUAUGUACGACGUAAGCAACCGAAGUUCCUUCAAUGGAGUUCGAGAAUGGGUCAACAUGCUUGAGGAGGGCUGUGGAGAUGCCUAUCUACCGCGAAUGUUGGUAGGAAAUAAAACGGAUUUGCGAGAUGGUCCCUCAAAUUCCAUGAAACCUACCUCCUCUGCCUUCAUUUCCACUAAGGAGGGCGAAGAUCUAGCAAAGGUCUACGACGCAGAGUUCAUGGAGACCAGUGUGCUGAAUAGCAUAAAUGUGGAUGAAGUCAUAGUGCACUUGGCAAGCAAGUGGAUUGAUGUAGAAAUUCUUGCCCAAUUAAAGACUAAAAUGGCCAUUUACUCUUCUUUUCCCAGGGCAAUGAAAUAUCGCGGUGACUGUGUGAAUAGUGGGAUCAAAAUCGGUAAAAAGAAGCAAAAGAACUUCAAUAACUGCUGCUAA